AUGGAGAUGAACGAGCUCACUGAAAACAGAAAUAUUUCUCUUCGACUGCUAUGCCAAGGGAGUAAGCUGCUGACUAUCUUUAUCGGCUCAAUCUACUUGUGUAUGUCUAUCUCGGCCAUGGCCUUGAAUGGUCUUGUUCUCACGGGUCUGGCCCACCUCUCCUACUCAUCAAGCUCAAAACGAUUUCUGGGCAUCCGCAGAUCAUUCAACAAAGGUCAUCCACAUUUUAGGCUGAAAAAUCUGCAACACACAAGGAGCGUUAAGGUUAUGCGUCUUCACACUUCCGAUGAGGAAGGCUGUAAUUCCUUCACAACUAAUGAGACCUCCAUGAACACAUCUGGCCUGGAAUAUCAAAAGGAUUCCUCCAUCCACCGAUCACCAAGUUGUCCGGACCGAAUGUUCUAUCUCUGUGGUGCUCAGACGCGUUUCACUACAAAGGAAUCAAAUUAUUGGCUGAAUCAGUUAAAUGUGGGACGAAAGAGAUCCGUAAAACAGUGUCCUCAGCCAAAGGCACGUCUCACAACAGCUCUUCACCUUGUCUACUCCCUUAUCCUCGCCGACUUACUAAAUGCGAUAAUGACAUCAAUGAAUUUGUUGCUCGAUUUUUGGUACCCCAAUUAUGCCUCCUCGAUCAACCCUAGUGACGCAUCUCAGGUUAAGACAGCUGAACCCUGUACACGCCUGGUUCUCUCCGCCAUUCUCUACACUUCCUACAACGCGUCUCUCUGUAGCAUAGCCGGUCUCAUGAUGGAUCUCUAUCUCGGGGUGGUGCGUCCCAUGCACUACCGCGUGUUGCCCAAAAGUACACUUCUCAGGUAUAUAUGCGGGAGUUGGGCAUUUGCUCUUUUUCUCGGCUGUCAGCAAUUAAUUCUUCCUGCCUUCCAAACACGGGACACAAGUGCACCAAUCUACCGAAGGUUCCUCCUGCCAUCCGAACCCUGUGACAUUCUUCACAACCCUAAUCGGACUAAUUUCUGCCUCAUCCGCGGAACAGCGAACACCUUUCGUAGCGGAUUCAUCAGUGGUGGAUUCCUUUUCAUUUGCAUAGUCAUGAUGAACACACUAUGCAUUUUAUCAUUACAAAAGGUACGCAGGGACUCUCUUACUCGAACGCGUACAAUGAGAGCCAUGGACACGCACAGAAGCGUCUCCCUUCCGACGAUUAAUAGAGUUGACGGGUUCGGUUCCCCUCUUCACGGCCUUAGAACCGCGCACUUUAUGAUGGCGAGGACCACUCCUCGUUGUACUGGACGAAAACUUCUUCGUAGCUCAUUCACUCUUCUCGCCCUCACCGCACUCUUUGCUGUAUUCUUCCUACCGUCUCUGGCUUUGGACGCUUAUUUUGUUCUCACUGACAAGGCUCCAAAAUUACCUCCUUGGAUUUUUGACCUUGUCACCCACAUGCCAAUCUCCGUUGCCCUGCUAAACCCCAUAGUCUACUCUUUGAGACUGAAUGAUAUUCACGCGGGGCUGCACAACUUCAAGAAACGCCUCCUGGCUCGCUCCGAGAAGGGCUUCCUACUCAAACGCUUGCGCCCGCAUCGUGAGCUGAGUCUCAACAACACGAAACCCACCGCCCACCUGCAGAUACGCCUGCCACCCAAAAACACUGACGUCGUCCGAUACGAUCACUGA